UGCGACACUUUCAUGGGGAACAUUGGGUAGUGGAGCUCCUAUGCUCGUCUUGGCAGUGGACGCAAUUGUCAUCACUUCUUAUCAGAUGAUGGAAACCAAGAAACCAAAGCUCACGGUGUCAUCCCACCUCCUGACCAUGUGCCUUAUGUCCGUUGGCCAUGUCAACAAAGUGAUCACUCCGGCAGCCACCCUCACAUGCCUCAUCUCCCUCUCUCGGGCACUCAUGUCAUGAAGAAACUCGCCCAGAGUACAGGGAUAGUGCUCGGGAACCAGCAUCGAAGGCCGUUGUGAACUCCCACCAUUGAACAGAUCCUGCGAAAUGGAGGCCGGUGAUAAUUUAGCAAGCUCCAGUGGAGCUCAUCCUGCGGAUUCCUCAAGAACAAUCGAGAAGUCUGAGGCUGCAAGUACAGUCUGCAGAAACAAGUCUUGCAGCUCAAGGUUUCUCGAGUGCAUCGGUGCCCAUGAGAUUUUCUCGUCUGAGUUGUGGAGGGCAUCACUUACGGAGCUAGUAGCAACAGCUGCACUCAUGUUCACUCUCACCACUUCCAUCAUCUCCUGCUUGGAAUCGGGUGAAACCAAUCCAAAGCUCCUCGUACCCAUGGCGGUCUUCAUCAAUGCCUUCCUCUUCCUCCUGGUGACUGUCCCUUUGACUGGGGGGCACAUGAACCCCAUCUUCUCCUUCAUCGCUCUCCUGAAAGGCGUAAUAACUCUUUCUCGUGCCUCCGCCUACAUCCUUGCACAGUGCAUCGGCUCGGUAAUCGGUUUUCUUGCGAUAAAGUCCGUGAUGAGCCAUGAAGCUGCACAGAAAUUCUCCUUGGGAGGCUGUGCCCUGAAUGGUUUGGGCCCCGGGACUGCAUUAAUCCUAGAGUUUAUUUGCACAUUUUUGGUGCUUUUCAUCGGGGUGACAGUGGCAUUCGAUGAGAGAAGAUCCAAGGAACUUGGAUUAGUUGUUGUUUGCACCGUUGUGGCAGCAGCUAUGGCAGUGGCAGUGUUUGUGUCGGUGACCGUGACUGGGAAUGCUCAGUAUGGAGGCGUGGGCCUGAACCCAGCCCGAUGCUUGGGAGCCGCUUUGGCCGAAGGCAGAGGAUUGUGGGAUGGGCACUGGGUUUUCUGGAUCGGGCCACUCUUGGGCUGUGUGGUCUAUUCCGCGAUUUCUUCCAACAUGCCGAAGGAGGGUUCAGUUCCAGUAGAUGAAGAGCACAGUAUAUUGAAACUUGGACAAGACUCUUGUUUUGGCUCUCCUGCAAAUGUCAGGACAUUGGUUUCAGUUUAAUGUUCCGUAACAUACAAUCGUGUCCCUAGACUAUAUCUGAAAGCAUGCACUUAUUCUAUUGCUUCUUCA